AUGAACCUCCUACCCGCGUUCAAGGACGACUCACUUUCCAACACUGCAGAGUGGGUCAACACUGUCGGCACAAAGUUUGCUCUCGCGACACCAGACGACCCUUUCGGUUUCGACUAUUCGCUUCCUUCGGGUCAGACCCAGUCCAACAUUGACUUUGUCCACCUCCUCACGUCGUCAAAGUACUCGGCUACCACCAACUCCAUCCUCGCCGAGACGCUGAACCAGGCUGCAAACGCCGGCGCCCCUCAGGCUUCGAACCAGAACUCGAACCAGAGCGGCAACGUUUCAUCAGCAGCCACGAACGGCAACGACAUGACCCCGCCAGGCCCCGGAAUCGGAGACGGGCUCUCCAUCAAAGUCGCAGACUACUCUCCGACGAGCUUUGCCCAGCAGGCUUCUUCCCUCCUCGCUGCCCACGUUGCGAACGGGGCCGGCGUUUCAGCGUCUGCUUCGACUGCUCCCAACUCGGCUGCUCCCAGCCCCAGCCUGCUUCCCAACCUCUCGAACGGAGGGCCUAACAAUUUCAACCUCGACGACAUCACCACACCGUACGGUUCGCCUCGCAUGUCUAGCGGAUACAACUCGCCCGCAUUCCAGAUGUCGCCGACGCCGGGUCUCACGACCUCGGGCUGCGUGACUGUCAACUCUACGCCUGCGCCUCGCACAAUCUCUCGCUGCAGCACGCGCUCGACCAACACGAAUGCCGACAGCAAGGACGUCGAGCCGAAAGAGGAACCCAAGCAGCUGCUGAAGCAGACCGCAUCAGGCUUCAAGCCCAAGAAGCCGCACCUCUGCCCGUACGCCAACUGCGAGCGCAACACCCGCACCUUCCGCUCCAACGCCGACCUCGAGCGCCACAUCCGCUCCCACCGUGGAGAGCGCCCGCACAAGUGUCCCGCCAUCGGAUGCGGCAAGGCGUACGGCCAGCGCAACAAGAUGGCCAACCACGUCAAGCAGCAGCACCCCCCGCUGUUCCCCAUGGUCGACACGGGGCGCACCCGCGGCCCCCGCCGUGUACUCGCUGAGGCUGCCGCCAACGGAGCCGCCUCGCGCACUCCAUCAGCAGCGUCCAGCGCCGCCUCGACGCCUAACAGCAGCGUCCUCCUCACCCCCACCCGCCCCGCGCCGUACCCGAGCCACGCCAGCCUGAUGCUCCAGCGCCAAAUGCUCGGCAACCCCAACGCCAUGCUGCACCACCCCGUGCCCCAGGUCAUGCGCGCGCCGGCGCCUCAGCUCCAGCUGCCCUCUCCCCGCCUCCGCAACCCGUACGAGGCUUACCAGUGGCAGUGA